CACCUCAGUCCAUCCCCAACCCUAUCCGAUACAAAACACCAAAGCUACCAAAAUGUCCGCUAUCAAGACAAUCCUCCUCCCUCUCCUCCUCACCACCUCGCUGGUUCUGGCCGCCCCAGCCCCCGCCCCCGAACCCAAAGCCGAGGAAUCCUGCGCCUACACCUGCGGCAGCACCUGCUACUGGGCAAGCGACGUCAGCGCCGCCCAAGCGAAGGGGUGGUCGCUGCACGAGUCCGGCGACACGAUCGAUGACUACCCGCACGUCUACCGCGACGACGAGGGGUUCGCGUUCGGCGUGUCCGGCACCUACUAUGAGUACCCGAUCCUGAGCAGCUUCAAGGUGUUCACGGGGGGCUCGCCGGGAACGGAUCGGGUGAUUUUCAACUCCAAUGAUCAGUUGGCCGGCGUGAUUACACACACCGGGGCGAGUAGUUAUGAUGGGUUUGUGGAGUGUUCUUAG